AAAUGCAUUGCAUUGCAGUGUUCCUGCGCCGCACAUCCGAUUCCACCAAAUCCAAAUACAAAUCCAGCCAGCCAGCAGCACAAUCUUUUAUUUUAGUGAAGCAGCAUCAUCGUUUCGUCGGUCUUUUCUCCGUUUUACAGAGAUUUCGGUCGGUGCUUUCUUUCUUCAAAACUUUGUCGGGAGCAGCGGAGAAAGUUUGAAGUUUUCUCCCAUUUCUGUUGAGUGGCUGGCUGGCCUCACCAACUUCGGCCCAUCAUCAAUUAGACAAAUAAACGGAAUGAGCUCGAAACCAACCCUUGUCAAACGAACGCCAAACCAGGAUUCCAGAGGUCGACCACAAUAUCUCGCUCGUCUCCCACUUUGGAAACGAUAUCCCAGAAUUUUCAUCCUUGGUGGGGGAGUACUUAUAGGAUGUUCUAUCUGGAGUAAACAAUUUUACAACGCACUUUUCUUAAAACCAGAAGACAUCCCUUACCAGGCAGAUUGGUGGCCAAGUGAAAUUGCAAAGGGCAAGAAAACAGUUGAUCAAUACAGAGAACGACAAGAGAAGAUUCAGUUUUAUAAAGAAAAGUACGAGAAAGAGCGAGCCGAGAAGGAUGCAGCCCUAGCACAAUUGGAGAAAGUGAAAUUACCGAAGUAACCACAUAGCAAACUAUUUGAACAAAAAACUGUCCAGUGUUUUGUGCU